UCUCCUGUGUGUGUGUGUGUGUGUGUGUGUGUGUGUGUGUGUGUGUGUGUGUGUGUGUGUGUGUGUGUGUGUGUGUGUGUGCGCGCAGGGAGAAACGCUUAAUAACACAGGCGACACCAAAAUACAUUUGAAAUCGACAGACAACGCUUCUUUAUUCUGCGCAAUUACGCACGGUCCUCCAUGGAUACAGUUUGUCCUUGCCAAGACAUUCUCGCCAGAAUGAACUCCAAAAAGGCCCAGGAGAUUGUGUAAGUGUUUAGAUACUCUAUUAUUCUGCAGCCUAUAGGCUAUCCAACAUAUUUUGACGUCACACGUCAACUUUUGGGAUAUGAAUAUGCGCGCAAUGCGGAUUUUAAGUUUCAGUCUCUUUGCACAUCAGACUGAAAAGUGGGAUUGUAGCCAGGGUGGCCACAGACAACAGGAAGUAAUAUUGUAUUUUAUAGGUCAGGUAUUUUGGGAAUAUGCCUGCGGCGCGCCACGUGCGUAAUGACGAGUAUGCCUCUAAAUAGAAGAAUUUAGGCGUCGAGGCUUUAUGAAUGCAAAGAGAGUAUGUCAGGGUAGUCUAGCCUGAGGGGGGUGUGCAAAGGAGUUACUCAUUUCGCACACCAACAACGGCACAUCUGUGCGCGUCUAUGUCACCACCGGACGGGUCUCCAAGUCCAUGGAUAAAAAGGAACAGAAGGCAGCAGAAUGGUUGUUGUGGGAGCAAGUAACGGAACCUUCGGUAGUGGCAACAUGAGGUCGCCGUUUAUGAUAGAGGAUAGAGUCGGUGGUGAAGAUCCCGGGGGCUCCACCAACAUGAUGAUCUCGGAGGCUCUUGCGCCCCGGUUGCUGAUGAUUGCGCAGGGCGCCGCAGAAGCUGCAGCAGCGGCAGCAGCGACUUCUCCGUUCACCUCCAGUCAGCCGCAGGUCAUGGAGACGAACGGGACCCGGUGCGGCGAGCAGAUCCUGAGCUACGGCCGGGUGGAGAAAGUCCUGAUCGGCGGAGUCCUCACCAUGCUCACGCUGUCCACCAUCUGCGGGAACUUACUGGUGGUCAUCUCCGUGUGCUUCGUCAAGAAGCUGCGCCAGCCGUCCAACUAUCUGAUCGUGUCUCUGGCCAUGGCGGACCUGUCAGUGGCCCUGGCUGUGAUGCCGUUCGUCAGUAUCACGGACCUGAUUGGUGGUCAGUGGAUAUUCGGACAGUUCUUCUGUAACGUUUUUAUCGCCAUGGAUGUGAUGUGCUGCACCGCGUCCAUCAUGAGUCUGUGCGUAAUCAGCAUUGACAGGUAUUUGGGUAUCACAAAACCCCUGACGUAUCCUGUGCGACAAAACGGCUGCUGCAUGGCCAAGAUGAUCCUGUCAGUGUGGCUCCUCUCAGCCUCCAUCACCCUCCCCCCUCUGUUCGGCUGGGCGCAGAACGUCAAUGACGGCAGAGUCUGCCUCAUCAGUCAGGACUUCGGCUAUACCGUGUACUCUACAGCUGUGGCGUUCUACAUCCCCAUGUCAGUGAUGUUGAUCAUGUAUUACAGGAUCUACCGAGCGGCCAAACUAAGUGCUGCCAAGCACACCAUCACUGGCUUUCCCAGAGAAGGGGAGCACAGUGCAGUGGUGGCUUCCCGAGGGGGAAGAGGAGGGCAUGAGGCUCACCGGCCAGCAGUAUUAGGACAAACAGGAAGCGUUGAAGGGACAGAGGCUGAGGAGGAGGAAGCUGAAGAAGAGGACGGGAGCUUGGACUGCGUGGCAGCUGCGUUGAAGCUCCAGCGUGAGGUGGAGGAGGAGUGCAGCACACGAGUCUCUCGCCUCCUCAAGACCGGUGACCACCACCAACGGCGGAAGAGGAAAAAUCAGUCAAUCUUCAAACGGGAGCAAAAGGCUGCGGCCACUCUGGGCAUCGUGGUCGGCGCCUUCACCUUCUGCUGGCUGCCGUUCUUCUUGGUGUCCACUGCCAGGCCUUUUGUCUGCGGGGUAGAGUGCAGCUGUGUGCCACUCUGGCUGGAGAGAACUCUGUUGUGGCUCGGGUACGCCAACUCCCUCAUUAAUCCCUUCAUUUAUGCAUUUUUCAACCGUGAUCUGAGGACCACCUACAGUAACCUCCUGCGGUGCCGCUACCGGAACAUCAAUCGGAAGCUGUCAGCAGCUGGCAUGCACGAGGCUCUGAAACUGGUGGAGAAGCCAGAUACUGAUGUAUAAAGUUGUAAGUCAUCAACAAUGCUGCAGAGACCAACAGAGACAAUCAUAAGGGAAAACACCCAGAGUUGCUGAAGCUGUGGCACAAGGCCACCGUGCUGCCAGACUGGUUAUUUCCCCAAAUUUGUGCAAUGAUUGCUAAGGUGAGAUGAGGCAGGAUGCUGUGAUUAAACGGAUGCACAUGAAGGUACACAGAAGAGGAUUGAGGAUUGAGAGAAAAUUGAGGGAAAGUUGAACUCACUGGCAAUGAACUCAUACUGUCUGCAUAGUGACUGCUCCUGCAGUGUACUCAAAACUACUGGACGAUCAUUGCCCCUAACAAUUGUAAUGAUUGUUGCUACAGUGUUGUCAAAACUGGUUGCUACCAUGCUGAACACCCUUUUUGCACAUUGUAUUGUAACACAAGUUGGUGGAGCUACACACUGGCUUUGCACUCUACUACCACCAUGGAUAGACAUUCUCAGUAGCCACGGAAAACUUGCCCUCACAAACAUAAAUGGGUGAGUUCUUUGGAACUGAAUUGGCCCAUGAAGCUAGAACACCAAAUGUCCCUGGUUACUACGGUGACACUGUUUUUCACUGUUUCUGAACAUUGUGUUUGCUUCAGUGGACAAGCAUGAAAACAAGAGGACAAGUUUUGGUCAAAACUCAACUGACAUGUAAAAUUUGUAUACAAGUCAAUAACCACACUGUGUCUGGGCAAACCUUAUUUCAAGGGUCUAAGUGGCUCCUUAUGAAGAUCUGUCGUACCUGAUAUGAGUUUAAAUCUUUUGAAGAUGCUUUUUUUGGUCAAAAUCUGUGUUGAAUGUGCCAAAAAAGUCAUGACCACUAUUUUGUUAAAAACAAUGUAUUGAUCAAUCUAUUUUGUAAUCCAGCUGCUCACUGAUGAACGAACAAGAUUUUUUAGGAAAUGAUGUGAGGAACUAGUGGGUGAUAGGAUGGACACCAACAGAUAUAUAGAGAAAAAAGAUCACUUUUUUAAUGUGUCUGUGCCUUUUCCUGAGUUAUUAUAAAAGGUCUGGUUGCAGUACCCAAGGGUCUCUUUUCAAACUAUGCACCUCCUGUUUUAGAUUUGACACGUGGCAGUCCCUUGGGCACUCAGCAUUGAUCAUGUCACACUAUCGAGGCAAAAGAUAACGGUUAAAAGUUGGAGCUUUCAGAAUGUCCCACUUUUUUCUUCUACAAUUACAUUCUGAGUGACACAAUCCCAAUCCAGGAAUGUUUCUUUUUCAUUAUUAAUUUAACAAUUGAUUAAUUUUGUGUUCACUCUAAAACACUAUCAGAAUACAUUUAAUAAAUGCCCAUAAGAAAUUCUCAGACCCCAAUCUUCAAAUUACUUGUGUUGUCAGCCCAAACCCAAAAGAUAAUCAAUGAUAAAAAGCAGAUAAAAGAAGCAAAUCCUUACAUUCGAAGAGCUGGUACCUGCAUAAUUUACACAUGUUUGCUUGAUAAAUGACUUAAAAUCCCUUAAUACGUAUUUUUUAAUAUUAAGUAUUUCCCUAUGUAUAACUGUCUUAGUUAUUAUUUAUUAAACAUUUAAGACUAAACAUGUAAACUAAUCUGCUUCAUCAGGACUGUGUGGAUGUGGUUUGAUUGACAACAGACAUGUUUCCAUCCAAAUCCAAAUUUUAAUCAUCUUGGCCAAAAAUUGCAAAUUAAUGCCUGUUUCCAUCAAUUAACUUUUUCUUUCAGGAGUUGGUUCACGAGAUAAGCAGUAGGUGGUGCCAAUUCUUCAGUCGGAAAACCAGAAGAAGAGGGCAAAACAAGAUGACGCAAUGCAAAAGAAUGCAGAAAACAGGGUGGAAAUAUGACAUUUCUCUUAGUUUCAUGCAUUAAUGGGGGAAGGUUACAUCUGUGUGGAGCGAUCAUGGAUGAAUUAUAAAACCAUGGUAGUGAUGAGCAUACUGUUGGAGCGGAAACAGCUGAUCAUGUGAAUUAAAUCUUUGCUACGUCACAAUGAUUUGAAAACAGUGUUUUCAUGCCCCAUUCAGCGCAUUAAACUAUUUUUUCCAAAAAAGGCAAAAAAUAAAAAUUCAAGUGAACAUAAAAAAAGAGCAUAACAUUUUUUUUUUGCAUGGAAAUACAUUGAUGGAAACAUGGCCAGUGUUAUAUAACCCACAACUGUCCUCCAAUUUUAGUUUCUGCUGAAAUAAGGUGACCUCUUUUUUGGAAACAGAGCCCCGCCCACUUCAAACCAGUGAGAAAAGCGAGGACAAAACAUGAAUACAGAAAAUGUUCCUGUGAAAUAACCACGCUGUUCAAACUUUGGCAGAAAAUUUAGUUGUCAUGUACCCCAUUAUACUUAAUAUUUAGAAACUCACUCAGAAGAUAGGCUUGAAACAAUUAAUCGGGUAUUUAAAUUAUUGUCAAUUCUCCUUCAAAUUAAUUUAUCGACUGAUCAUUUCGACACUAUAGCUACCAACAUUAAUUAUAUAUCUUCCAAGGGGUCAAAUUAACCUUUAGGAACAAUAUAUAUUUCACCUGUUCAUCUUAGGCUAGUUCUAUGUGAUCACACACAUAAAUUAUCUGUAGUAUCUAACGUAGCCAUCUCUUGGGCUAUUAAUGUAGGGUGAGGCUCGGAGUUGAAAUCUGAUCGGCACGCAAGAGGAAAGAGAGCAGAUGACAGCAGGUAUUUCAUUGGUGUAUUCCAGCACCUCCUACAGAGAUUAGGAGACUCUCAGCUCAGAGUUUCAUUAUUGUAAAGUACAGGUUCAGCAACUGGAGCAGUGACAGAGUGCAUAUAUGCACAUUAAAAUUCCAAUUAAUUUAAUGUUUCUGCCAUAUCCUGUGUAUAAUAACAGGAAUAAGCUCUUACUGUAUGCUGAGUGUAAGUAUCCUGAACAUGACAGCUGGGACAUGCUUAGUCCUAUUUCUGGCAGAAUUAUUAUUUUUUUUUAAUAAUAUGUGUGUUUCAUGUGUAGAGAUUAGUAUCAAAGAGGUGUUAAUUCUUAUUUCUUAUAAGACUGCAGUCUUGUUUUCAUGUUCUCAGUACUUCAAGCAUAUAGAAUAUACUUUUUACUACCAGUAUAAGUACAGUCUGUGCUGCUUGAAAUUUGUCCUCAUUAGCUUGCAACUAAGUGAGAUGGAGCUACAGAGGGCAGAGGAAGUGUGAGCACUGUAAUUGCCGCCUUUAUUCUCUUUCUAAUUAUUAAUUAAACCUGCUCUGUGCAAGAUUUUUUGAAACACAGAAAUACACACAGCUUUUGAGCCUUAAUCCCCAAGCGGGACUGCAACAGAGAUGCGGUAGAUUUACCCAGUUUGUCAAAAUUAAUUGCAUUGGCUUUGAUCAGAGCAAAAUCGAAACUGUCAAAUGGACAACCAAAAGUUAAUCCAGAGAAAAAUAGGACUCACAAACUUUUGUUUUUUCAUCUCACUCAGAUCAUCAUCUCAGAUUGGUAAACACGAUCAUAUAGGAUAUAAAAAGUUAUCAAAAAAAAAAAAAUUGUUGAGGCCAUCUGGAGUCAUCAUCUUCCGAAUUUAAGUAACCCAGGCCGAAAUGGGUAAAUAAAUCUUUUGCUAUCAUGGGUCUGCACAUCCAUGCCUUCAGCCUUGUAAGUAAAGGAAUUAGUUCACUUUUGGUGUUGUGAGCAGAAAAGGUUGGAACCACUGAACUGUACUCAUUCUGGGCUCGGUGCCGUCAUGGCACGGCUCCAUUUCCUGUCAUAGAAUCUAUGGAGAGUGUUUGCCAGGGAAUAUGAGCAGAGGCACGUGUUUCCAAAAGAGCAUCCAAAACAGAGUACAUCCAAAAACCUCUGAGGAGCACAGCGUUAUACAUACACAUCUACAAUGGAAACUAAUGGAGAAAUCAAGUUAUCGUUAUCCUGACAAUAUCUCAAUCACUGAAUUUUUUUUGUUAUCAAUGGUUCCAACUCGUGUGAAUGGAACUAAAAGUUGACAAACCAGAAGGGAAAUGAUCACACAGUCAUAAUGAUAACAAAAGAAAAACAGGAACAAAACCCAAUUUGUCUUACUUUUAGGUGAUGUUGCUGGCCAAGCAUGAGCUGCAUCACUGAGAGGGGAAGACAGAGGUGCGGGGAGAUGUGUUUAAAGGUAAAUUAAAAGUAGAACACCUGUGACAUUCAGUAGAUGUGGCCCCAGACAAGCUGACAAAGUGUGACUGAAUGUGCCCUCCCAUUGAAAAGAAUAAAGCCUUUCUCCCUCGCUCCUUUCCUGGGUGAGCAGCCCCUUAAACACAUAAAUGUAUCUGAUCAAACUAGUCACCUUCACCGAUAAGAGUAAUGAACUGGACAACAUUCCCAGGGCUUAGUCUUUUUUAGCUUUCACUCUAUUACCUGGUUUAUGUAUGUUUACAGACCUAACUGCCAAUUCUACCUUUAAGGUGGAACUGGAAAGCCUGUUUCAGAUAAUCUAGUAGGCCCAGUCUUUUAAAAUUUAUAGAUGAAAUUGUGACUAUUUUAAUUUCCAGUGGGGUGGAGCAUAAAUUCUGACCAUGCACUUGAAUUAUUUUAUAAUGUUUAAUGUUUGUCCUUUAAAUGACAAACAUAAAACACUUAAAAUAUAGAUACAUUAAUAUAGCAGUGGUUCCCAAACUGGGGGUUGGGAUUUUGCAAGAUGACUAACAAGGUAGGAAAGUAGAAAAAAACAACACACUCCUGCUGUACAGAUUCUUUUUUCAGUUCAGUUUUCUUGUGUAUAAUUGUGAAUUGUGAAAACCUCUAAAAAAUACGAAAAUAAAAAAUUCUUGGUUGAACUGGUCACAGCUGAUAUAUGUAUCACAACUAGAUAAGUAGUGUACUGUACAGCUUGUACGAUGUGGAGCUCCGUGUAGACAACAGCUAAAAUGACACCUAACAAAGAUAAAAUUACAGAUGGCUGUCAAACAAAAGAUGUAAAAGGUUCCAGAAUAUCCUACAUUUGAGGAACCAAUCUCUUAGAAAAUGGCCAUUAACACAAAAUGUAAAGACAGAUCAUGGUAUUUUCAAAGAGUAAUGGAUAAUAUAAAUAGGAUGAUAUAAGGCUAAUAUAAAAACUUUAUCAUCCUGGAUCUUCCAUAUUUAACAUAUAUGUUGAUGAACUAAAGGGGGCAUUCUGUCUGAUGAUAAUAGCUACUCCAGAAGUGUGCCAGAAAUGUUUGAAAUUUAGAUUUUCAUGGCAACGGAUGCUCAGCCUGUUGAGGAUAAUCAUAAGCUGUUUUUGACCACAGAAGUCACAAUAAAACGCAUUGUAGUCCUGUUUUAGAGCAUUUAAUCACCUUUUUAUAAAGCAGUUGUACCAAGAGGGAUGUUCUUUUUACUGGGAUUAUACAUACUACAUUGAUCCUGCAGGACUUUGUACUGUCAGCAGCAUCAAAGUACACACAACAAAGAGCAGUCCUUGGGAGCCUAUGUUGCUUUUAUAAGCUCUUAACCAACACGUGCAUAGUGUGAAAAAAUGCUGUACAUACAUUAUGAUAAAAUACAAGGAGGAAAAGUGACUCCAUCGCUCCCUGGUGACCACAGCAGUUGGGCUUAAUGACCCAUAAAGCUUGUCCUGUAUGCUUGACGGGUUUUAUCUGCAACAGAUGCAAUGCGUCUUUGACCAAUAAGAUUGGCAGAUUCCUUGUAUAGUUACCAGCAAACAAUUCCUGUGGACAAGACCGUAAGAUAAUGUUGUUGCUGCUGUCAUGGCGAAACCUUGUUGUUCCAGGUUCACGUUUUUACUUGAACUGUAAGUUUUUAAUAAGCUUUUUAAAUAAAGUUUUAUGACCAUAUGGCCUGUGAAACAUUCAAAUCCUAAAACAAAACCUUGGAAAAAAGCAAGUAAUAAAUCAAAUUAGUUUGUUUUUUUUGUUAAACAGAUUUCAUGGCAACACACUGUUAAAAGUCUGAACACUGCUGUGACAAUAAUGGACCACACAAUGAUGGAAGUAUUCUACCCUCCAACGAAAAGGUUUCAGACCUGUUUCAAAUGCAAAUAUAUUUUACAGUGUGUACACAAUGAUGGAAGUAUUCUACCCUCCCUCCUCCUUUAUUGGGGCAGUGGGUGAUCAGCAAAAGUGAUGACAUGGAAUCGCUUGCACUUAAAAAAAUAGGUCUGAUUCCUGUCAGUGUGAAUAUGUUCUUGUUUUCUCUUUUUUCUGUUCUGACCAGCACCUAAAGAGAGCACAUGUACACAAAAAUAGACUACAAUUAAUGAAUAACAGCUGACACCACAAGGUCCUUACUUAUAUAUUUGCACAGAAGUAAAACACAAGUGUAGUUGUUAUACUCUGGCAAACUGCAAAAACUGCAAAACAUAGUUUGUAUUAAAAAGAUUCUAAAUGUAAACUGAACUCUUGUCCUUAUCCUGACCUUAUAUGCAAAACCCACACCUUGAAUAGAGAUGACGAAACCUAUACUGACUUUUCAUGAUCAUUGGCUUUGUUGCAGAAAAUGUUUUAUCAGAAUGAAACAGUGUUUUGUGUAAAAAUAACACCAGAAACUGAACAAAGUAUGUUUUUUCUGUUUCAUCAAUCUGUAUUGCUGCACUGUGUUUGAUUAGACAGCACUAAGAAUAAAACAGUUCAAUGCUG